AUGUAAAGGUAAUAUUGAUCGAAUAUUUCAUUAUGAUGGUAUAACAACAAUUUAUGGAAAAGCAAAACAACCCGAUGUUUUUGUUGCUAAACAACCUUAUGCUGUGUAUUAUCAAUAUGAAAAACAAUCGUGGCUUAUUUAUACAAAUCAUAAUAAACCUGAUCUUGAUGAUUCAUAUAAGACACAAUAUCAAGAAUUCAUACUAUAUGACUAA